AUGAAACUACCUCCAUCACCGCCAUUCAUAAAUCGUUUAAUUGUGGGCACAAUAGCUAUGGCAGCAGGUAUUUACGUAACGAUGGAUGCUGGAAAAGAUUUUGAGUUUAUUAAAUAUGUCCCUCAUAGUCCUGAAGAAGUUGAAAGAAGAAAAAGAGAAAACAUAGGUUUAUCAUUGAAGUAUAUGGAAACUAGUACUUUGAAAUAUACCCCUGAAGCUGAAGAACGUUUCAAAAAGUUGGUUGAUGAAAAGCAGAAACUUGAAGAUGAGAAGAAACAAUCAACCACAAACUCCCAAUGA